AUGGCUAACCUCUUGAAACUCUUCAUUGCUAUGUCAUUUCUAGCUCUCAUCUUCUCGUCUACAGCUGAAUCAAGGCCAAACCCUGAAAUGAGUCUAGCAGCUCGAAUGAAGCUGAACGAUGAGAUAUCAGAUUGUUGGGGGUCUCUAUACCAACUCCAGGCAUGCACGGCCGAGAUUAUCACGUUCUUCCUCAACGGCGAAACUUAUUUAGGGCCGAAUUGUUGUGAAGCCAUCAAAGUCAUCCAACACGAGUGUUGGCCAACGUUGCUUGGCUCUUUGGGAUACACAAAUGAAGAAGGAGAUAUCCUUGAAGCCUAUUGUGAUACCUCAGCUAUUGAUACUCUUUUGGCAAUGUCACCUCCACAACAAGCAAUGGCACCAUCUAUGGACCAACAUAAUGAGCCUAAAAGCUUUGCCCCUUGA